CAUAGGCAGUCGGGAGCACUUGGUAUCAAACGCAAUUCAUUAUCUGUGCGGCAAGGCGCAUCGGCUCUUCGACCCCUUGCAACAGACAGCGACUGGUCCCUGCGCUGCGUACCGACCACCGACAACGAGACAUCCAUUGUUGUAUAACUCCGAUCUACGCCUAGACAUAGGUAUAAAUGUUGCGGCAGUAGCGGCAGCCCAUAGUCUCGAUCACUCAACGGGCCCCUCUGAGUAGCCGCACGUUGGCUUUCUGGCUUGGACAACCAAAAGAUGCGGAGGGGAGCAAAGGCCGAGCCGGUGACCAAUUGGCACCGCGCUGGCGCAAUCCUGCUUGGCAUCAUCGCGGGCUAUGUCGUGGGUGGCGCCGUGAUGGAGACGGCAGAUAUGUUCUACUCGACGCCGGUGACACCUAAAGGGGCGGCAGCCGCAUCUACCGGCGUUCAAAUCAUAGCUGGGAGCAGCCAGACAACAAACGCGGCGACUAAGACAGACGCACGGCCGGCGGGCAACACAAUCCACUCGGUCAUCACUGGCAACGGUAGCCCGUAUCAGAACUUCCAGGGCCGCAUCAUGUACGGGACGUAUAAGCUGGUGCAGAAGAUGCCCGGCGGAGAGAAGCUCACUGGCUUCACCCGCAUCCUUCACCGCAUGAAGCCCGAUGAUCUCAUGGAUGAGAUCCCCACCUUCCGCGCCAAUCCGCUGCACCCGAAGUGCGAUGAGUGGUGCGAUUUCCCGGUAGCGGACCGCCCCAACGCUGUGGCGCAGUGGAUUGCGGCCGCUGCCAAGGAGCCCAGCAUGAUCAAGGGCGCGUGGAUCCUGUUGUUGGAGUGUGACUACGUGUGGAUGCGUCCGGUGCAGGCGCCCGACGCGUAUGAUUCCAAGACCGUUGGCCUGCAGUUCAUGUUUGAUUACAUCAUGCCCGCCCACCCUGACGCCGCACCGCUUAUGCGAAAGCUGUCGGACAACAAGGUGGACCCCAGCGCCAUCCCUCGCUCCGGCCCUGCGCCGGUGCUCAUCCGCUACACGGAUCUGGCGGGCGUCGUGCCUGAGUGGGAGCGCGUAACCGCGGCCAUUGAGGCCGAUCCCGUUGCGGUCAAGGUGCUGGACUGGGUGCGCGAGAUGUACGCGUGGGAUAUUGCCCUGGCGUUGCGCAAUGUGUCGCUGACGACCGAGUCGCCGCCGCACAGUCACCUCAUCGCGCAGCCUCCCCACGACCUGGUCAUUGGCGACGCCGCAAUGUUGCACUACACCUGGGGCACUCUGUACUUUGAGGACAAGCAGGAGAUUUGGCGAUGGGAGAAGCGCGACUACACCACACGGGAGGUGGCGCUCAAGAUUCCGCUGCUCAAGGAGCCGCCGCAGCCCUGGAAGGAGGGCUGGAAGAUUCAGGACGGCCUACCGGUGACUCGCGAGCUGCAUGAGACCAUGACAGCCAUGCUCAAACAGAUGAACGCUGCAAUUUCGACUCUGCCGGACUUGCUAAACGCGCCUCGGACGUAGGCGGCGCUCGCAGGUGUGGAGCACUAGUAUCGGACCCGUGAUCGAUAGCUGCAUACGGUGCUUUGACCUCAUAUUGACCGUGACUACUUGGGUAAAUGCGUUUGGAUCAAGUGCACGGCACAUAGGAGAGCUUGUAGAGGUGCGUGGAGCAGCAGCAGGACAUAACGCUACACGUUACAGCUGGAAGGCAUGGACGAGGGACACUUUUGUCGAUUUGAGGACAGGCUUGAGAACAGAGGCGUGCUCAAAGACAUACAAAAUAUUGUUGUUUGCCUGUGGCUAGACGCGAAAGAGCAGGCACGAACGGGCGCAGGCUCUGAUAAGGAAGGCGAGGAGGAGCAGGGAGGACGUUGGGAGGGUUGGCUGGUGAGCGAAACCCUGAGGGCGUGUCAGUGGUGGCCCAAAUGCCAAAUGGACUGAUGGCGCAAGGGAUGGCACGCGUCUAUGUAAAGCACAACCAUA